GCUCCUCAACAGCAAUACAGAAAUGUCUGUUGGCCCCAUCUACGGUAGGCGAAAACAAAAACAAAGAAGUGAACUGCACACUGACUGGUAGUCCACCCAACCUGCUACUAACCCUGUCUGUUGACAAGGACGAGUGCUCAAAGAGUGGACACUGGGCCUUAACUUUGUUUAGUGAGAAAGGCUCUUCAGACAUGCUAGUCUUCAGCACACCUCGUGAGUAUAUUUCAUCAGUCGAAGAACUAGCAGAAUAUUACACCUGGUUCUGAGUGAAUGGAGCUGUAGAACCUGGCUGUAAAAGUUUCCAUGUUCAUUGAUGCAUUGUAAAUUCUAGAAGGUCCUACAAUAUGAAUGACUGAUAUCUGAUAUAAUCAGGAACGGUUGAAAAGCUUCUUACUAAAUUAUUUUUCUUCUUAUCAAAAUAAAAGAGUUAAUAAAUAAAUAAAAUUAAAUGUGUACUAAAUUAAACAAAACUAAAUUUAAAAACCCAUGAAGUCAAUAGCUGGCAGUAAAUAUUGCGACCCUCUCUGUGUAAAGCAGCAUUAGUUGUAAUCAAUGGCAGCAACUAAUCAUGAUGUCACGUGACCAGACAUCAGCCUUUUCCACCUUUUGUUUUUGUCUGACUGACCUCGGACACGACUUGGUUCCGCUCGGAGUUUCUGUUGUUCACGAAACGCGCUGGGAUGUUGGUGAUGUGGUCUAGUCUCUGGCCAGACUAUUUCUGUCCUUGCGUUUAUACACUCGAUGUUUUUUACUAGUUUUACUAGCAUAGCAAGUGGCUCACCAUUCCCAGUCACUUUUCCCACAAUUCCUUGUCAUCGGUUUUUGAUCCACGAAUGGCAAUGCGAUAUGUUUUUGCAUCUCCUACGGCCUUUCGGGUAAAUUGUUACGAGUAGUUUAAGAUGCAACUAUAAUUUUCGCAACUGUGCAACAACAUUUGUUUAUUCCGACUCUACCGUUCAACCGCGCAUGCGCCAAAUCGUCAUUUGUCGCUUCGACAACUGAGGUAAAGGAAAUGAAAGUACAUCGUCUUCUACAUCGUGUUUGAUGACAUCAUCUGAAAGAGGCUCAGUCCUACAGUUUUAUCAUCUAGAAGAAGACCUUUUGUCCAUCAUGGAAGACCACCACAUCAACGUGACAUUCGGGAUGAACAUCUCAGCCUGCAAUCCGUCCAGUCAACUGUACAAAGUCGCUGUACUCACCGGUACAAACAAUGGAAGUCUGGAAUACGAUGGGACCAUCACCUUCUCCAGGGAUGAGUGUUCUGGCACCAGACAGAAAUCAGUUCGCUGCAUCACUUCUUCAGGUCCUGCACAGCUGUACAGGAGAGUGAACAGAUCUCACGAGCUCAUCGUGUGGGAAUGGCUAUGGAAAGACUACAAUUUCUCGACAAUGCGAAAGGAGCUGAAACUGAUUGUAGCUUACCCACCAAGUGUCAAAAGCCUGACCGUCAAUGGACAAGAUGCUGACGAUAGUUACAUCCUUGAAAGGGGUCAGAAGGUCGAAAUAUCCUGUUUAUUUGAUCAAGGAAAUCCUCCUUCUAACGUUUGGCUGUCGGACGAACACGGAAAAGAAAUAAAAUCCUACAGAGGUGAACAAUACCUCAAUACUUCCUUCACAGCCAACUGCGACCAGCAUCCGUCAUCUGUCCGGUGUGAAGGAAACUCGUCAGAAAACAGCAAAUCUGUGUUUUUUCUUGUCAGAUGUCCUCCUCAGUUUAUUGAUAAAGCUCCGGAAAUCAUUGACUACGAAACACAGGAAGGUUGGAAGUUCAGAGUAAAGGCUUAUUCCACAAAAGUUCACAAAUGCCUUCUGGCCCCAUCCGUGGUCGGCGAGAAUAAAAACAAAGAAGUGAACUGCACACUGACCGGUAGUCCCCCCAGUCUGGUGCUGACCAUUGUUGUGGACAAGGAGGAAUGUUCACAGAGUGGACACUGGGCCUUGACUGUGUUUAAUGAGGAAGGUUCUUCAGACAUGUUAGUCUUCAGCGUGUCGUCACGUGAGUAUAGCUCGUCAAUAGACAGUAAACAGGGUUACACUAGUUAGUGCAUCAUUAGCCUGGGAUAAACAAGACGACUUGGAACACUUUCAAAUAUGCGUUCUUCAUUCUAUCUAAUAUCUAGAAAGUUCCACGAUCUAUAAAGACUUGUAUUCAUAUAACACUUAAAUUGAAUAACGUAACAAAUAACGAUUAAAAUUAUUAAAAAAAACUUUUGAACAAGAAUUCAUACUACAAAAUAUCAAUUUUAUCUGUGAUUGUUGACAACAGAAGAUAAUACUGUACAUUGUUGAGUAAGAAUAAACAAUAAAGUCAAAAUAAUAAAUAGGAUUUCCAGAAAACUAUUAACAUCGUUAGCUAGUAAUGAAUACUGCGGUCAUCUUCGUUUAAGAAGUGUUGAGUAGUAACCAAUGGCAACAAAUAAUCAUGAUCUGUCACCUCAAUAAUCAUCAGCUCUUUGACCUUUUGUUUUUUGUCUCACUGACCUGGGAUUCGACAUGGCACCACUCAGAGUUUAUGUUGCUAAUGACUUACAUGCUGGGAUGCUGAUCACGUGGUCUGGUCAUUUCGCAAGCGUUUCGUGUCCUUGCAUGGAGACAUUUUUUUGUUUCCCGCACAAGAAACCUGAGUUUGGUUAGUUUUGCCGUGUCCAGCAAGUGGCAAACUGCACCAAAUUUCCAGUUUCAUUUUCAACAAUUAUCUUUUGAUCUAAUUUUCUUGAUAACGACACCAGUGACAAGCGAAUUUGUAUUCUGCCGAUCAGACCGAAUUCCAAAUGUAUUUUUGAGAGUAAUUUAUUAUGAAGUUAUUAAAAUUGUCUCAAGAUAUGGAAGAAGAGAAAGCUUGCUGAUUGUGUCUCUAACGUUCAACCGCGAAAGAACCAAAAGUUCCUUCGACCCUUGUGGAUAAUUGAGGCUUCUGUACAGUUUCUGGUGUUGUCAUCUGAAAGAGGUCAACAGUUUGGUAGGUAAAACAAAUAUUUUCGCUUUUUAAUAUUGUUUAUCUUGUAACAUUCUCCUUAACAAAGACAAGAAAUCCAAGAGAUUUUAUUUUUGUCAUGACAAGUAUAUGUGUGCAUGCCUGCGUGUGUUUGCAUGUGUGUAUGCGUGCGUGUCUCAAUAAGUUGGUGUGCGCGAGUGUGCACAUGACUCGUUCCUUCCUGUUUCAUACAAAUAUUUACAUUAAGUGCAUUUUUUGUAACAGUUUUCUGAGCAGUGACCACCUGCCCAAGCUUCUUCGUUACGUGUUUAUAGCAGACCUCAUCUUCCAGUCUGAAGUCCACGAUCUCGCAACCGGUGUUUAGUCACGUGACUGUAUUUAAAGUCAGCUGACCUCAGUGGGAGCAGGUCAAACGUCGGCUUAAACUGUUCUUUUAAAACUAGAAAAUGUUGAUUUCUUACAAGUAUUGCAUCUUUCUCGAGGGUUUCUUGAUAUUUUGUGGUUUAGUAAUAAUAAAUAAGGCACCUGAGUGAUAUUAAAUUCUAAAAACACAUGGCAAUAUCAAUUGUCACGAUUAUCUGACAGCAGCAAAAAGAAAAUGCAAUUUUGUGCAUUUCUUGUCAGUGAAAAUUUUACAUGUUCUUCUGACAUUACCCAUG